UUAUAAUCCCUAAUUUUCAUUUAAUGUGUAGGUAUGCCAAGAUAAAAAAGGUUCAUGGAUAUGAGUCGGUCAAUGUCUCAACAACAAUCUUCUUCAUCAACACACGAUCAAUUGUUGAAUGAUGCACCACUUGAAGAUAUAUUUCCAAAUCAAGAACAUACUCAGGAUAAUGAAACACUUCAAGAGCAAACUCAGGAUAGUGAAACACUACAAGAGCAAAAUGAAGAUUUGCAAUCUUCAUCUAAAAAGAAAACAAGGACUACGUGGGAAGCUGAAAGUAGGAAACACCAAAAAAUUGCACAUACUUGUGGAUCAAAGAGUUUUGCUAGGAGAAGGGUUGAGAUGGAAAUUGAGCUCGGGGAUAGUGUUAAUCGCUCAGAACUAUGGAUUGAUACCCACAAAGUAAAAAGAGGGUCAUCUGUUAAUGAAGAAUGUAGAAUUAUCUCUGAAAAAAUCAUAAAUAAAAUGGAUCAAGGCUCAUCUUCUCAAUCACAAUCUGUUUCACAAGAUGACCCUCUUCGCAAAGCCUUUGGAGAAGAACACCCCGGACGUGUUCGUGGGUUAGGUUUUGGACCAUGCCCAUCUAAUUUAUUUAACAAUACUUCAAGGAUGAAUGAGAUGCAUUGGUCGUCUAAUGAUAAUCAAAUGAAAGAGUAUGUCUCCAAUUUGAAGGAGUUAGCGGCAAUUAAAGCUCAAUUGCAAGCUCAAAAUGAUAUGCAAAAGCUCAUGAUAAGGGCUCUUGUUGCUAUUUUGGAAAAAACUUUUGGCAAAGUUCCUGAACAAUUUGUUACUUUGCUUAACCAAACAUCUCAACCAGUACCCGAUGAAGGAAGCAAGCACCAAUCUUCACAAGGGAGUGAAAAGCAAUAUUCAUCUUCUAGUCAUCAUGUUAAUGGACAAUCUUCUACAUGAUGUGCAAUUAAUUAGUUGUUCUAAUAUGUUGAGAAAGUAGUUAUGAACAGAUAUUGCAUUGUAACAGAGUUAGUAGUACUCAAAAAAAAAAAAAAAAAAUUUAGUUGUUCCAAAGGAGUUUUGUCCAGGGCCAACCAGAAGUCUAUUAAUUAGCUAGAUAUAAUUAUGGUUUGAACAGAUAGAUUAAGCAAAUUUUUUUUUUCAUCAAUGCAUACACUCAAGGUUACAAUUUGGGUUCAAUAGGAAGCUAAGUUAAGCUAUAUAUGGAGUAAGAAUGGAUAGAUUUAGUUGAUUAUAUUGUUACAACCACAAAACAAACAUUAUAUUGUCUCUUUUUCUGAAUAUAUAUUUUAAAUAUUGGGGAAUAUUUUAACUUGCUUAUUGAAUUAGGUUGGUGAUUUAAACCUGUAACUGUGAUGUUGUACGUACUUGAUGGCAUCUAUCAUUUCUUUGUAUGCAUACUUGCCUU